AAUAAGGCCAUGAUCCUUCUAUCCAAUCGCGUACGAGUCACGGAAGCUGCACCCGCCCGAGUAAAACUACCCGAUACACGACAAGGAGAUGCUCGCGAUCGUGCACGCGUUCAAAGUAUGGCAGUGCUACCUAACAGGCGCAGACGUGACAGUACGGACAAACCACCGAAGCCUACGGUACAUCCGCGCACAACCAUUACUCAACCCACGACAGAUUCGGUGGUUGGAUUUUAUGGAGUCCAACUUCCAUUAUACGGUCACCUACAAGAAAGGGGCAUCUAACAUUGCAGACCCCCCCCAUCC